UCUUACACAGAGUUCACAUUCAUCUGAACCACCUAGCCGUUCCCUUAAGCGCAGAUGCAGAUAGCGAUAGAUAAUGCAAUCAAGCCCUGAUGACCCCGAUAUCAUCAGCAAUCUAAAGCUCAGUGUUACUGUGGAGAGAAUGAAAGACUGAACAACAGAGAACAGGAAAAAAGAGGCAAUUUUUCUGACCUAAGCGAUGGAGUUCAGGAGUGACAAAGAUCAGUAAAGGGGAGUUUGAUGGCCAAACAGAUCAAUAAGAGGGCAUAUAUAACACAUGGGUCUGGAGAAGACACAGAGGCUGGAGGUUCAACUGGGACACGGGACAGCAGAGACAACAGAGACAGCAGGGCAAAGUUCUUAAACACACACUCAUACAUCUGGGAGACUCCACACUGGACAAACUCCUGCAUUGGACUAUAUCCUGGUCCUCAGAGGGAGAGAUGUGGAGGAUCUGAGCUUUAGAAGAAGUUCAUGUGAAAGGCAUUAGGAAUUCAUAUAAAUUACAGACGAUACAUCCUGAAUCUGCCAUAAUUAUGGCGACCAACAGCUCAACCAGCAAAGUGGUGCAUCGGAAGAAUGGGAAGACUUCCGUCACUAGCUCCUCUCCCAAAGAGAACGGCUCUACCAGACAGGAAUCCAAUCACACAGAGCUUCAUUCCAGAGACACAGUACAAUGGGCAAGAGAUGUUGAGAGGAUAAAGAUGGAGGUCAUAGAGCAGAUGAAGGUCCAGAUGAGUGAAGUCUUGGAUAAAGCUCUUACAGACUCACUGAGGUCCCUCUCUCAAAGCACACAGUGGGACAUAAACGGGAACACACACUCUCACACUGAUGAGAAAGCAAGGAGGCACAGAAUGGAGGAUGGGAAGGUGUUUGUGGCCAGGCGGUCCAUACUUGAUGAGCUGUUUGAGAUCAGCCACGUCAGGACUAUCUAUCACAUGUUCAUCGCUGCUCUCUUCCUCUUCAUCAUAAGCACGCUGGCAGUAGACUACAUUGACCAGGGGAGGCUGGUUCUAGACUUCGACCUGUUCUUCUACGCCUUUGGGCAGUUGGGGACUGUGGUAUGGGCGUGGUUCAUCAUGUUCACCUACACCCUGCUGGGACCGUAUCAUGUUCUGAGUCAGUGGGCAGACCUGUAUCAUCGUAGCAGCUGGAACAUGUCAGUAUCGGUGGCCACAGCUGUGAUCCUGUUGGUGGCUCAGAUGUGUGUGUUGGGCUACUUCCCAGUGUUCGUGGUUGUGCACUACCAGCUGCCCCCAGCAUCACGCUUCAUAGUCAUUCUAGAGCAGAUCCGAUUUCUAAUGAAGAGCUACUCUUUUAUUCGGGAAACAGUUGUGGCUGUCGUCAGAGAAAAAACAGCGAAAGGUGAAUCUUGCAGAUUUCCUACUCUAUCCAACUAUCUGUACUUCCUGUUUUGCCCAACCCUUAUCUACAGAGAGGCGUACCCUCGAAACCCGUACAUAAGAUGGAACUAUGUGUGGAGGAACUUUGCAAAGAUUUUGGGCAGCCUGUUUUACCUGUACUUCAUCCUGGUGCGUCUGUGUAUCCCUGUCUUCAUGAACGAGAGCAAUCGACCGUUCAGCACACGCACUCUGGUUCUGGCCAUCUUCCAUUCCACCUUACCAGGUAUGCUAAUGCUGUUACUGGGCUUCUUUGCCUUCCUGCACUGCUGGCUCAAUGCCUUUGCUGAGAUGUUGCGUUUUGCUGACCGGAUGUUCUACAAAGAUUGGUGGAAUUCAACCUCUUUUGCGAACUACUAUCGCACCUGGAACAUUGUGGUGCAUGACUGGCUUUACUAUUAUGCCUACAGGGACUUUGUCUGGCUCACAGGUCAUCGUUUCCGCUCGGUGGCCACAAUGUCCGUGUUUGCAGUUUCAGCUUUUGUUCAUGAGUAUGCUUUCACCAUGGGCUUUGGCUUCUUCUACCCUGUGAUGUUCGUCCUGUUUGCAGUUAUUGGAGGGGUUUUCAAUUUCACUCUGAACGACAAACGCAAGGGUCCCAUGUGGAACGUCAUCAUGUGGACGUGUCUGUUCAUCGGCCAGGGUGUGCAGGUGUGCCUGUACUGCCUAGAAUGGUACGCCCAGGUGCACUGUCCUCGUACUGGGACUGGAUUCUGGGAGCUGGUGACGCCAAGAUCAUGGACAUGCAACUUAUGAGGGCACAGUUUUGCCUGUCAUCAUUUUUAGAGCUGCUCUUCUGAUUUUAAAAUCACAUGUCUGUACUUUACAACACUGUACACAUCAUAGAAUUAAUAUGUGGACCACAUCAGAACGAGAAACAGGCCCAGUGAGUCACGAGCAUCACCAUGGGCAACAGUGAGAUUAGCUAGAGUUUAUUUAUACGACUGAAAAGCAGCGUUCUGUGUUGAACGUGCUGGUUGCUUACUCAGUGCUUCAGAGCUUUUUUAGGAUGCUAUUUUUCAUGCUUUAUCUUUUAUUUUGUUUACAGUUGUUUAUUUUGUUGUUUUUUUGUUUAUCAGUGUCUCUGAUUAAUUUUUGGAUUGUUGUAAAUACAGUAAGAUAUAAAACUCAGAGACUACCAUUAAUGUACAUUAUUUUCUAAUGUAAUAUUGAUUUAUUAAUAAUAUUAAAAAAUAUGUUUUUUUGUUAUGACAAAUGAUUUUAUGAUAUUAUGAGCCACUGGUGAGCUUAUAGGGGCAGGGGGGUCCACUGCCCCUUUCUUUGUGCCUCUAUACUCUAAAGUGCCCUCUAGAGUAGCCAAAAAAGAGACAAAGUGCCUUAUUGGCUGCCCUUCUUGUGCAGCUGCUCCUUUAAUUGGAGCUUCUUUGAUGGAGAAAAGGUGAUAUAAUGCAUUUUAGGUGCCCUCAUAAGAGAAGAAACUGUAUUUGUUGGUAAAAAAAUUUGUGAAGUUGAAGUUGUCAGUGAUGGUAAAAAAAUGUAGUCAUCAAAUUUUGUCCAUUCAUCAGUUCCAUCCAUGCAAAUUUUCUGAUUUAGCCACACCCCCUUUAAAAUGUUUAGAUGCAAGAGAGGCUUUAUGCAUUCUGAGCUGCAACUCUCUGACAUCUUGCAUUGUUUGUAGCUGUAAAGAUUUUUGUUCAACUAAUAUACUUUAAUGUUAUUAAUAAUCUUAAUAAAAAAUGAUGUAUUUUAGUGUUUUACAUGUCGUCAGGGUCCUGUUUUGCAUAGUUUGCAGUCUUUUCCAUUUUUCUGCGCCCACCCUUCAAACAGUCAGAGAGGGUCGCAAGUUUGACUCCCUGGUCAUGCUGCAUCAGCAGCCAGAGUCUGAGAGAGUACUAUUAGUCUUACUCCCUUUUGAGUUGUUAAGUUCCCUCUCUCCAAAUUUGGGAAAAGAUUGGGUUAAAUUUUUUUUUACAAUUUGCAUUAAUUUUAAAUGUAUGCCUCAAUAUUGUAAACAUAUUAUACCUAUUUUUCAUGUCAUUAAAAUGUUUCAGAAUUCUA